AUAGAAUUUCCCAUACAUUUUACAAGUUUUUGUUGCUAGUUUGUGUGUAAUUUAUUUUUCCACAAAGUGUGUUGGAAAGAGUUAGAAAAAUUCGCUAAAAGCUCAAUUUGCUAUUUUUCUGUCGACUACCUUUACUUGUACUUGUCAAAUGCAAAUUUUUCCUAAACUCGCUGCUAGUCGAUUGGUUUAGCUUUUCCAGUCUUCCACAAAAGAACGUGAUUUUAAAUUUUAAAAUAUAUAAAAUCAAAAAGAUAAAAACGAAUUUAAAACAAAAUCAAUAAAGAUUGAGCUCUAAAUUGAGUGCAAAAGAAAAACAAACUACAAAGUUUUCUUUGCUAAAAAGAACUUUCAUCUUUUAACUCAGAAAAACUUAUUUUCAAUUCAUUUGCAUUCAUCAUGGCCAAAUGGGGAGAAGGUGACCCACGUUGGAUUGUGGAGGAGCGUCCCGAUGCCACUAACGUCAAUAACUGGCAUUGGACUGAGAAAAACGCCACCGUAUGGUCCAAAGAAAGGCUCAAGUCUCUCUUUAGUGAUUUGAAAAUAGAUCAAAGUGGAAUUCAAUGUAUUAUUGAUAAAAUAGAGGAUUGUUCUGGUGAAGCCACCGCGAACAACAGAAAAGGAAAACUCAUCUUCUUCUACGAAUGGAACAUCCUUUUAAAAUGGUCUGGACGGUUGCCGGGAUCCAAGGAACAAUACUCUGGAAAAGCCAAAAUUCCAAAUCUUUCCGAGGAGUACAAUAUCAAUGAAAUCGAAAUUACCAUCACAAUAGACGAAUCGAACAACGAGGAUGCCGACAGAUUGAAACAAUUCAUGUACAAUGUGGGAAGGGAUGUUAUAAGAAAGCAAUUGGACACAUAUAUUAGAGAAUUGAAAGAAGAAUACUCCAAAGGUCUUAUAUUGCCUAAGAAAGGUAGUGAAAACGCUACAACACCCAAGUCUGGAGGCCAGGCCAAUAAGAGUGCCUUCAAUAACUCAUCGUCGUCGAAUUCUGCCUCAACUAAUCAAAAAGUUACUUCGCCCACCUCAAAUAAGAACGGAACUGAAUCAAAUUCCUCUGUUGGCUACAAAUUGGAUGUGAAAACAUUGACAAUGAGUGAAGACUUUGAAUGCAGUGCAUUUGAUUUGUAUAAUGCCCUUACCAAACAGGAGAUGGUGACCGCUUUUACACGGGGACCAGUCAAAAUUGAAGCAGUUCGCGGAGGAGAAUUUGCGCUUUUUGGAGGAAACAUUCAAGGAAAAUUCGAAGAGUUGGUUCCUGAAAAGAAGAUAACUCAAUCGUGGAGGCUUAAAUCCUGGCCUUCUGGCCAUUACUCGAGUGUAACAAUAGAACUUGAACAAAUGCGUGAUCAUACCCAAAUGAAACUUAAACAAUCUGGUAUCCCGUCUGCUGAAUACGACACAACUGAAACGAAUUGGAAACGAUACUAUUGGCACAGUAUCAGGCAAACCUUUGGAUUUGGACCAAUGCUAGGGAAUGGAUUAUAAAUUUCUUUUGAUAAAUAAUUAAAAUUAAAAAAAAUACUGACCCAAAGUUCAGAUUCACAAUAAAUAAAAUUAAAACAAAACAACCGUAGCAGAAUCUUAAGUUAGUUCUUUACAAAUAAAAAAAAACACAAGUUUUAUUUUAUUUUCAUUUAACGAAAACAAAUAAGCGCAUAAUUAAAUUAUUCUUAAAGCAUUCGAGGCGCCUAUUUAAACAAAAACAAACAAAGAAAAACAUAAAUAAAAGCAAUGUUAGUUCAAAAAGAUUAUUAUAAAUAAACAAUGCUUUAAGCUAGCAAGCCGAACACAAUGAUUAUUAUUAUUUAAUUUUAAUUAUCACGUUUCAUAUUCAUGUUUUUUUUUCUUUUUUAUAAAUUUUUGAAUGUGUAUUAAGAAACAAAAUAAAAUGGAAAUAAUAUUAAAAUACAUUUUUCUUUAAUGCAAAUCGAAUUUGAACAUUAUGAAACAAAAAUUUACAAUGUAUACAUUUUAAUAAAUGUUGAUUAAAAGAUCAUUCAAUGAAAUUGGUA